GUAUGAAAAAUAAAUAAGGAAGGGCGCACUCUAUUAGUGGAGUUUGUGGUAGUUCUUUUACGAAUACAUUUUCGUGGCUGUGAUUAUUAUUUAUUUAUAAAAACUUUUUAAAUUACGUAUUGUACUCCAAGUGAAAUUGUAUUCGUAUAGGAUUUUCGGUAUAUUUACAUUGUUAGCCAACUCAACAAGAUUUCAAGUAAAAUGAAAGUCACUUAUGUUAUAAAUGUUUGGUGCUACUAGGAUGGUUUAAGCAUAUGUUACUCAUUAUUUAAGGCAUGUCUUGGGUAAAUAAAAGACGGGGACAAACAGUCCCAAACGCCGCCGGGGCCCCGCCAGUCCAAAUGUAUAAUCCAAAUCAACAUUCCACAGGCUCCCAAGAGAAUCAAUGGCAGCAGAACAACUGGUACAGUGAACAACAAUCUCAAUUCGUCCCAAAGCAAGAAGUAGAUUCAACUAACCAUUAUUGGCAACAAAUAUCCAACAAUGUGCCACAACAACAACCACAACACGUUUAUAACAACCAAAACGCGCAAUAUGGUAACUUUUCCGAUCAAACAACCACUGGGUACUAUCAAAAUACGGGUGCUUAUCAACAACAUCAACAACAGGCUUAUGGAAAUGUGCAAUAUAACCAGCAAUAUGGUCAGAAUAACGUAUAUGGAACACAACAACAGCAACAACAGAACGAAGGAGACGCUUGGAAUUGGGGCUGGGGUGACGAAGAUAACUCUAACGUUCAGGUGAAACAAGAGGCGUUAGCUAACAAUGCUGUUUCAAAUAUUGGUGAAAGUUUCGGCACAGAUGAAACAUGGAAUUGGCACGUGGAAGAUACGAAACAAACUACCAAUCAAGUCGAGAAUGUCGUUCAACCGGACAACGAUUUAUUUCCCAGAGUAGGGAGUGCUGCUAACAAAUUAGUGAAAGCAGAGAAUAAACCUGAUUUACCUAAAGUCCAAGAUAAUUUGGCCGUAGCAGGAAAACGGGGGAAACUAGACACCCCCCAAUGGUCCGUCGAAUCACAACUCUCACAGGAAUCAUCAGAUGAUGUGCUUCAUACUUCUGAGAGCGACCGUAUGAUGUCCAGGAGCUCUACUGUCAGUCAUUCCCCCGUAUCUGGUCAAGAAGUUUUGGGUCAACCAUUAGAAGGCAUGCCUUUAAAAACAGAGCAAAAUAGUUUAGACGUAGCAGGUAAUCAUCAAUUUGAAAACAAAGAAAUCUUGACCACUAUUAAACAAGAACAACAACAACCAGACGUUAAACUCAACUCUACUCCUCCACCACCUAAAACUAAUCCCACUCCACCUCUACCUAAAGUGAACCCUACUCCACCUCCUCUAAAAAAUACUCAAACACCUCCACUACCUCCAAGUGGAUCGACGGAUGAACAUAAAAACAUAUACAAACGUACAGGGGCACUAUCACACAAAGCUGCAAACAAACUUCGUUCAGCCACUGGGUCCUCCACUGCUAAUUCUUAUCUAGCACCAUUUCACAAUCAAAAUGUGAAUUUAGAAACUCCACCAGAUAAUUCCGAGCAGCCAGAUCCCGUCCCAUUGGGUAAGACAGCGAAUAAACCGUUGCAACAAUGGCCGGAUAACAACGAAGCUCCAAUAAACGAUCGCAAUCAGUACCUAGAAACUGGACAGUUGUCGCAGGCAAGUCAGCAAGACGCACUGCACAGCGGCAGGCAGGAUGUCAAUGACACUUUACCUCCGCCUGGUCUUAGACGUAUGGUGCUCGGUCAAAUAGAGCAAAACGAGAACACAAACAACGUGACAGGAUUUGGUGAUGAGCCACCACCUGGACUUAGUAGAAUGGUGCUUGGACAGACGGAGAGCAAUGCAAAUCCCACCACUUUAAAUGUAGAUGAAGAUUUGAGAUCUCAAUACGAGCCCCCAGAGGGACUACAUCGUAUGAUUCCUGGGGAAUCGAGCAGUCCAGAGUCGACCCUUCGUCAAACUCAUAGACAGGACGAGGAUUCGGAACCGGAAUUUAGUCAGCUAACAUCGCAUGCACCCCAACAAAGGUCAGCAACGAUUGGUGCGGACACACCGCCAGUUGAUGCCGUUGCCUCAAUUUCAUCGAUUGCGACUACUAAUCGAUCUGAAACCAUCGGAGGAGGUAAUUCGACAACUACUGCGUCAGUUAGUCAAGACAAUAAUGGUAGACAAAGAGGGACUAGUGCCUCGUCGAGCGAAAGUAGAAUAGCUGCAGUGGGUAUUGAUAAUCCUAACAGAAAAAAUAAGACGGAUCAUAAAUUAUCAGAUCCAUCAAAAUCAGACAGUGGUAGAAGAGAAUCAAUUGAAGGCCAAACUCAGGAUAGUGAGAUCUCAAACAUGGUAAACGCAGUGCGAAAUCUGACGGUAGGCGAAAAUUCCGGUGAUCGUCCUUUAUCAAAUCACAGCGCGAACGACUCAGGUGUCCGUAAAGCAAGUCGUGAAGAAAGUAGCGACAGCGAAGAACCGAAAAAAACAAACAGACGUGAGACACGCGAUAAACGUCAUGAGAAAAAACGCAGCGAAGAGAGAGAUAGAUACUCGCCAGACGCAUACAAAGAUAAACGUUACGAGAAGAAAAGAUACAGAGAUAGACGAUAUGAGGAUGACACGGAAGACUAUUACAGUGACAAAGAAAAAGACAGAAGGAGAAGCGAACGUGAUUAUGAAAGAAAGUACGGAAGUCUGCGCAAGGAUAAAGAACGGGAAAGAAGAAGAAGGGACCAACGAGACCCUCGCGAUUCUCGUGAUUCCCGUGAUCCGAGGGAACCCCGUGAUCCAAGAGAUAGAGAAUAUACCAGGGAUGGCAGAGAUUCACGAAGGAACGACUAUUAUUACAAUCGGUAUGAAGAUGAUUAUGAUGAUGAAAGAGCAUCCAGGCCUACUAGUCGAUCGGACUCGAUGCACGAAUCUUAUCGGGACUCCAGAGAUAAGUAUCCGAGAAAUAGAAGUCACAGAGAUAGAGAUAGGGAUAGAGAACGCUACAGAGGCCAUAGAGAUCAUAGAGAUUCUUACAAUCAAUAUCAGAGCUUCGCUUAUGACCCGUACAAUCCAUAUUACCAACAGUACCAGUACUAUGAAAAUUUGCGCAGAACUAACCCACAGGCGUACGCCGAAUGGUAUAGAAAGUAUUAUCAGCAAGCUACUGGCCAGGCUUCAAACUAUGGAACUGAAGACAGAGCUUCAGUUCAUUCUGGACGAAGUUCCGCCAAUGAUGAAUUGGCUAAAGAUAGGUAUACACGACAGAGUUAUUACAGUCAGUCAAGCCUGCCUCAGAUGGGAGGCUAUUAUGGAGACACGCAUACGCAUAGCAUAUCCGGUCACUAUGGCCUGGAUAAUUCUAGUUACACCAGACCUUUUGACAACACCGAUUCAUCGCUUAUCUUCGAGGACACAACAAUUGCACAACGUCUAACUCCUGCAAAAUUCACCACGGCCCACAUCAGGGCGUCUAUAUCUUCGGGCAAAUUGCUUCGAGUAUUGCCUAACUAUCCAAUUGAAGGUGACGCGCCCAUUGUUGAGGUUUGCAAUCUUCAACAAAUCCUGGAAAAUGAUGAAGAGUUUAAGGAAUUAAACUCUUUUCCGGGACCUUUGGUCAAGGGAGUGUCCCACAAAAAAACCAUUAUUGAGUAUUGUGAGAACAAGAUACGCAGUGCAGGUUUUAACAACGAUAUUGUAGACGUAGAUUCGUAUGUUUUAAUGUGGGAGCUGUUGAUUCUUUUAAUACGACAAAAUGGGAUGGUAGUUGGUACAGAUAUAGCGGAAUUACUUCUGAAAAAUAAAAAUCAUGAGAAUAACGUUAGGCCUUCUUCUGUACUUUCAAACAUUAGUAGCGCUGCCGGUGAUACCAAUGUCGUAUCUGAGGCUAGCAAUCAUCAGAAUUCAGAUGCCAUCAGUGGUAGCACGCAUUCAGUGCUCAAGGAAGAGGAGGUAACGGAAAAAUUCCGUGAAUAUUUAUUGUAUGGAUCUUGUAAGGAAGCACUCGAAUGGGCUAUGAAACAUGGCCUUUGGGGACAUGCUCUCUUUUUGGCAAGUAAAUUGGAUAAAAGAACGUACGCAAGCGUCAUGAUGAGGUUUGCCAACGGAUUGACCAUUAACGAUCCUUUACAGACGUUGUACCAACUUCUGUCUGGUAGGAUGCCUGCUGCUGUCACUUGUGUUGCCGAUGAAAAAUGGGGCGAUUGGCGACCUCACCUAGCCAUGAUCCUCUCAAACUCGAGCCAGCGUCCUGAAUUGAAUUGUAAGGCGAUCGCCAGUUUAGGAGACACGUUGGCUCAACGUGGUAGUUUCUACGCCGCUCAAUUCUGCUAUCUAAUGGCACAAGUAGGCUUCGGUCCAAAGGACGAUGCCGAGACACGAAUGUGUUUAUUGGGUUCGGAUCAUGGCAGACCCUUCGGCCAAUUUGCCACCAACGAAGCGAUACAUAUGACCGAAAUCUAUGAAUACGCUAUCGGACUCAAUGAUCCACAAUUCGUCAUUCCGGAGUUCCAGAUUUAUAAGUAUCUGCUAGCAACAAGAUUGGCCGACAGAGGAUUAUUGGAGAAAUCUUUGGCCUAUUUGGAAAAAUUGUCCGGAUAUAUAAUUGCCAAUCCCACUGGCGUGCCAUCCGCCCUUAUUGAUAAUGUAUGCAAUUUGGCGGAUCGAUUGAAGUUCAGCGACCCGGUAGGUGACGCAGACGUGGACGAAACGGAAUUCGGUGCCAAUUUAGAAACUAGUCGACCAGAUCAUUCAUGGCUGAAGGAGCUAAGAUCAAUACAAAACGAUCAUCAGGCUGGUUUAAUAACUCACGAUGAGGUACAGAACGUUCCUUCCUAUACAGAACCAGUGGUGGAACCGUUACAGUUGCAGACAACCUACGAAAACAACGUUCAAAAAUCGUGGCAACAACAAUACGAUCAGCAGUACCAACAAGUUAAUCAACAGCAAUAUCAAGCUGUACAACCUAGUCUAAUUGAUAAUCAACAAGGAAUCGUUCCUUCACAAGAAAAUGAUUACAGUAGCACGCAAUUCCAAGAUCAACAAUAUUGGCAGAAUCAGACACAAUGGGGUGACCAGCAACAGCAGCAACAACAAAAUCAGUUUGGUACAGAGACAGUAGACCAACAACAAAAUUAUUAUGGUUCUAAUACUACUAAUGAGCAGCCCCAGGAGGUACGAAAAGAUUCCUCUGAAGUAAGUACAUGUCACAACAAGAACAACCUGUCCCCAUUCUCUCUACCAAUGAAUCCGAGUACGUUACGUAAGCGACUGACCAAUCACAGUCCAAAAGUGUCUCCCACUCAUAAUAAGCAAUCCGCGAUUCUAGAUGAGAUACCAUUGCGAAAAUUAAAUUCGUCUGAAACUGGUUCGGAUAAGGAAACCAGCAAAAUCAGUUCGUUCAUGAGAAAGUCCAAGGUUUAUCCGCAAAACCGUAGUGCUGAGGACUUUAAUCACGAGUCAAGUUUCGAGAAAAGAAGUUCGUCACGCGAAAGUUCGGAUAUUGAGUACGAGACGUACAUAGGGCGUCGCAGGCAGAAAAAUGUGUCUUACAAAAACGAGGAAAAGUCCCAGUUGAUUUGUUAUAAAGACAAUACGAAAAUCAUUACUAUUAAAAACGAUUCUAAAUUAACGAAAUAUAACACAUUCGAUAUGAACGAAAAUAAGCACAAGCUUGUAAAGUACAAGUCUUUGGAAAUUCCAGAACCAAAAGCAAACCUAAAGUACCUAGACCCAAACAGCAAAGUAUCAAUUUCGGCGGAAAACUUUGACUCGUCGUUUAGACUAACUCGUUUCGGUAACAAACGGCAUAAACACGACAUAAUAACGGAUACUGUAGAUGCAUGGGCCAAAAAGGGUAGCAAAAAUAUGUUUUCGAACUUGCGAAACUCCUUUUUUAGUAGAAGUAAUUCUAGUGAAAAGGAAGUUGUCUACAAACCGUUGGUGUUCGGAGGUACCUUUCCGAUUGAUGUUCCCACAACGGAUUCACCUAGUGUAAUAAAUCCAAGACAAAGUCCUGAUUCACGCAAAGUUAACCAGCAAGAAAAAUUCAGCAAAAGCACAAAUAAUCUGUUUAAUCAUUCACCAAAAUUUAGAGAGUAUGGCCCACCCAAGACUUUCGACAUUGACCGACCCAUUUAACUGUGUAAUUUUUGUGGGUUUUUUGUAAUUUUUGGUUUUAUAAAAUAUUACAUUUGUACAUUUGAAGUCUUAUUUAAUGUAUGUGUUUCUUCAAUCAACCAAACAUUUUAUUUUACUUAAAAUAUAUACAUAUUUAAAACAAGUCUGAUGAAGGAUGAUCAGUAAUCGUUCUUCAUCGAUUACGGCAUUCGUCCUGUAAUUAUCAGUAACUGGAAUAGACUGAAGGAUUUAGAUAUUUUAUAAUAAAACUACCCAAAAAUUACAAAUCAUUGUACACGUAUGUAGAUUUAAAAGAAAGCAAAAAACAAUCAGUAAAUCUACUAAAAAUAAUCAUUUGUGUGAAUCCCUAAAGGUUUACAAUGUGGUGGCCUGUUGUUAAUGUUACUGUUGUUGUUUAACGAUUUAGGUAUUGUGAAGUUGUUAAAUACAUAUGUAUAUGUAAUUGUUGUGUAGAGAACCUACAUGUAGGUGUUAUUUUGUUAAAGGAAACUGGUCUAGAUUAGGCUUAUUUAAAUAAGGCAUGCACCUGAUGCUUGUUAUGUAUUUUUGUUAUGAAUAUUAAUAAAUUGUGUAUAGUAUU